AUGUUUUGGGAUCUGCCGCCCAUUGGCACGCUCGACGUGGUUUGCAACCGUGCCACUUGCUUGGGAAACCCUUUUGGAAGCUGUAGCUAUGCGGAUCCCUCCCAGCGCCCUCCUGUGGAUGCAGCUGGCUGGUGUGCUGGAGAGCACGAAGUUCUUGUUUCCGCAUACGACGAAUAUCUGCAGGCAGUCCUCAGUCAGGACGCCUCGACAGACUUGCAGGAGGAGGUCCGCCGUAUCGCUGAAAGACGAUCGCUCUUGCUCUCCGAUGCCUGGGAGAAGCAAGACCUAAAGCGGGAAGAUGUCAGAAGCGCACUGGAUGCGUUGGCAUCACAGGUGUCCAGAGGCUGCUUUCUGAGGCUACUGUGUCACUGCAGGCCUUAUGUACGCUGCCAUGCCGAGAGUAUCAAGAGAUACUUGGAUCAGUUUACAAAGUUGGAUGCCGGUGUACCAGCUCCUCUGCCGAAUCAAGGGCCGGUGGACAUCGAGGGCCGAGUUUGGCCAAGUUCAGCCGCCGCCGAGCGAUGCAGUAUCCGAACGAAGCGCCUGACCUGCACGCGCGCUGGCCGGGCUUUGGAUCCGGGAUCGAUGAAGUCGUACUGUGCACAAUGCUGGUCGUACCAUUCAGUGGUCUACUUCUGGCCGGAUUGGGACGAUGUUUGGCCCGAAUGCUUUUACCGUGAUGGCUAUGUGCAGUGCACAUCUGGAGCUGAUGAUGCUGAUAGGGAAGACGACUGUGCCUAUGUCGAUCGACCUCUUUGCUCCUUCUACGUGAGAGGUUGUUGCAAGUUCGGAAAUGAUUGCUGGUAUCGGCACGCGAAAAGGUGGCCACGCCAGGAGAUCCUGGCGGAGGCUGCGAACGAGGAGAAAAUGGUGAUCCCUUGGGAAGUUGCGAGCAUUCGCAUCAUGCCAAAGAAAGCAGAGAGCGAGAUUGCAGACUUUCUGCAAAAGCUGGCACCGAACCUGGAGGACACGGUCCGGAGCUUCCUUGUUUCAACGUUGGCAGAGGCAAUUUCGGAGGAAGAAGUGAGAGAGUGCUGCGACAAUUGGCUUGAAGAGGUCGAUGGAGGAUUCCAGAGUCUUUACGACUUCUUGGGGCUGGACGAAGCAUCUCCAACUCCCGAACCACCGAAGGCUCCGCCAAAGCUUGCAAGUGCUGCUGGCUACCCUCAGCAGCAGUACCCGCCUGCUGAGGAGGCGAUCUCGCACGAAGAGCACAAGGAGGUGGAAGAGGUGAUCGAGCCUGCGCUGGAUAAAGGCAAGAAGUCCAAGGUGAAGGCGAAGCCCAAGAAAAAAGUCAAGGAGAAGGAGGGCUUAGGAAAGGAGAAGCAGCUUGACGAGCUCUUGGAGGUGCGAGCACGGGUCUCUCGCUUCCACAAGGAGGCAGUGGAAGACGAGAUGACCUCUGCAGUCGCCGAAGUUGACGUCCAUGAUCUUUGCAUUUCAGUAGCAGGCCGUGACCUGCUGAAGGACGCUCACCUGAAACUCUGCCCUGGUCAGCGCUACGGCUUUGUGGGACGGAACGGUUCCGGUAAGUCCAGCUUGUUUCGGGCCAUGGCCUCACGAAGAAUCCCAGGCUAUCCUCCGAACUGUGUGACCUUGCUGGUCGACCAGGAAGAUGUAGGGGAUGAGCGCACAGCUGUGGAGACCGUGCUGGCGGCACACCAGGAGUUGAGCUAUGUGCUGGAGGAGGAGUCGGCUCUCCAAGCUGGCGAACUGGGCAGCCCGGAGGCGGCUGUCAAGGCCUCCCGCGCCUACGCCUAUUUGAUGGCCAAGAGAGCCAGGUUCAAAGCCGCCAUGUACGAGAGCAAGCUGAGCGGACUCCGCGGGAAGGCUGCUCGGGAAGCCCUCCUCCAAGCGGAGCACGAAGAAGCAAAAGCUGCUGAGCAUCUUGAGGCGGAAGUCUCGUGUUCAGAGGCCACCGCAGAGACACAGGCACAUGUCGUGGAGCUUCUAGCAGACAUCCGGGAGCGAUUGCGGAUUUUAGGUGCUGAUUCAAUGCGAGGGCAAGCAGAAGUCAUCUUGAAAGGCUUGGGCUUCAACGAGGAGGACCUUCGAAAGCCGACGCGCCUACUCAGUGGAGGCUGGCGGAUGAGGGUUGCCCUGGCUAAAGCCUUGCUCGCGAAGCCCAACGUCUUGCUGCUGGAUGAGCCCACGAAUCACCUGGAUUGGCAAGCCAUUCUCUGGCUAGAGAAGUAUUUGGUGUCAGAAGACAUGAACGAGAUUGCCUUGGUAGUUGUCUCUCACGACCGGGACUUUCUCGACAAGGUCAGUACCAUGAUACUUCGCUUGUUUGAAAUGAAGCUUCAAGUGCACAACGGCAAUUUUUCAACUUUUGAGGAGGCCCACGAGAAGGACCAACAGCACCGCGCGGAACUGGUGCAGAGGCAAUCUGAAAAGCAAGAGAAGGUUGAGAAGCAGAUCAAGGAGAUGGAGCAGCGGGGCCGGAAGACCAACAACGAUAGCCUGCUGAAGGCUGCAGUCAGUCGAAAAACCAAGUUGGGACUGGAUGAUAAGCCUUGGUCCUUCAAUCGUGUAGGCUUAGAGCGAGCCGGUGGCCACAAGUUCAAAUUCAGCUAUGCGACGCACUUCGAAGCCAUGGAAGAGAUGGCGGUGGAGUCCAAGGAACAGGCAGUGCGCCUGAAGCUGAAAUCGGCAGCACCCCUUGGCUUCGAGGCCGCGCUACUGCAGUGCCGGGAUGUGGUGAUCGGCUACGAGAAGGCCAAGCCCUUGGUGCGGAAGUUCGACCUAGAUAUCCGGGACAAGUCGCGAGUAGGAAUCCUCGGAGUGAAUGGGAGCGGCAAGACGACCUUGCUGCGGACGUUGGUUCAAGACCUGCCCUGCCUGGCCGGUGAAGUGUAUCAGCAACCACGUGUCGUAGUUGGCUUCUUCAGUCAACAUCAGGCGGACAACUUGCCCAACGAUGCCACCGCUCUGGAGGCCUUGUGUGAGAGACAUCCCAAUCUCACAGAGGGCGAGGUGCGUUCUCACCUUGGCAGCUUCGGUUUGGGCCGCUUGGCCGUGUCACCCGUCAGGUGCCUGUCGGGAGGAGAGCGCAGUCGAGUUGCUCUGGCGGCUGCCACGUUGAGGCCGCCACACGUGUUGGUUCUGGACGAGCCGACGAAUCACUUAGAUCUGCAGACCGUAGAAGCCCUCGGUAACGCCCUCAAGGACUUCCAGGGGAGCGUGGUCGUCACUUCUCACGAUCGUCGACUGCUACGUGAAGUCUGCACCGACUUUCUUGCAGUCCAGAACAAGCAGCUUGUGAAGCUCAGCCUGGAUGCGUUCGUCCGCUCUGUGCGAUAA